AAAAACACCAGUGCGCAUGUGCGUCGUUCAGGGAACUACAUGUCCGUUUUUUUUAGAAAUCAAAACUUUUGGUAUUAUUUUGUAAAUUGUGCAAUUAAACUGACUGUGUAUUGUCACUAAACCUGCCAGUGGGGAUUUGUCUAUUGAAUCUGUUAUUUAUUUCAAAGUGAACGAAUUACAGGUGAUAAUUUAAAAUCGGAUUCUGUGGAUUGAAAAACGUUAAUUCAUAUCGACAUCGUUGGUUUGAAAAAAAAGAAAAAAAGAAAAUUUCUCCUAAGAGCGUAAGCGUGUUAUAUUAAAAACUUGCAAAAAGUUGAAGUAAACAAUGAUUCCGUGAUAGAGAGAAUAGUUCGUUGUUUUUCUCAGGCUUUCUCUUCUUUUCUACUAAAGAAAAAAAAUAAACUCAUAUGUCAAAAAGUUUCGAAUAAUGAUAAUUGAAAAACAAGUGUUGAAACUGUCAAUAAGUGAAAAAAGUGAUGUCAAUAAUAAUGAGACUAUAAGAAAUUCAUUGCUGUUAUUGUGAGGCCUUGAAUUUGAGGCGUCUCCGCAGAGUGCAUCUUUGGAAAAGGAGCAAAACGCGACACGCCAUUUUGGGUUUUGGAGCGGAACUCCUUGGAACUGUCGAAUUUUCGUGUCUACAUCCCGAGCGCGCGCAUCAACAGGAAUUCACAAUCAGUGACGAAGAAGACUAUCCAACAAAUGUUUAAAUGGACGCAUCGUCCAUUAUCACCCAAGUGUCACGAGAUGACGAGCUAGGGCAGUUUAAUAACGAGAAAGCACAAAUACCAAGGGAGAAUGAGACAACCACGAAUGGUUCAGCGACUGGAAGUAAGAAGCCACGAGGUCGGGGCUUUUUGCGUUCCUUGCUCUGUUGCCUUGGCCGAGGACGUGGUGGCAGUUCGAAAAGUUCGAAAGCAAGCUCAUUGCAAACAGAUGGACGUGGUUCACCGCCACCGGGUGUUGGCUCGCCGAGAUUUUUAUUACCGCCAGUACGUCAUCAGGAUAUGCACAAAAAGUGCAUGGUGAUUGAUUUGGAUGAGACUUUAGUGCAUAGUUCAUUUAAGCCGAUCAACAACGCGGACUUUGUUGUUCCGGUUGAAAUCGAUGGAACUGUACACCAAGUGUACGUUUUAAAGAGGCCUUAUGUCGAUGAAUUUUUACAGAGAAUGGGCGAAUUGUACGAAUGUGUUUUGUUUACUGCAAGUUUAGCAAAGUAUGCAGAUCCGGUGGCAGAUUUACUCGAUAGAUGGGGAGUGUUUAGAGCAAGAUUAUUUAGAGAAUCGUGUGUUUUUCACAGAGGAAAUUACGUCAAAGACUUAAAUAAAUUAGGCCGGGAUUUACAGCAAAUCAUUAUUGUCGAUAACAGUCCUGCCAGUUACAUUUUUCAUCCUGAUAAUGCUGUGCCAGUGGCUUCGUGGUUCGACGACAUGACGGAUUCAGAAUUAUUGGAUUUAAUUCCAUUCUUCGAGAAGCUUAGUAAUGUGGAGAACAUUUAUACAGUGAUGUGCAACAGUAAUCAUCCGUACAAUCAAAUGCUAUCAUCGGUACCGAAUAACCCCAGCCCCGGUUCAGGUUCAAUGGGCGCCUCCUAGCCCCAGCGAAAUUCUGGUCACAAGACCAGCCUUGUCAUCAUACCACGAUGUAUCUUAGGGAGAGCUCUCAAUGGGCUUUUCGACAUCGCUCAUCUUUCCUGCUGUUCUAAACGUUCGAAUACGUCUUAUUGAACAAUUUAAAAAAAAAGUAAGAAAAAAAACGAAAAGAAAAAAAUAAAACCUCUUUAUCAUCGAGGGACAAGAAAGGAGGAUGAAGCGCAAAAGACGAUUAUCUUCCCGAGAGGUCAAAGUAGAAUAGCAAUCGAAAUCGAAAAAAAACGCGAACUAAAUAUUCCUAAACUAAUUUUUUUCUUAAUCAUAAUUUCCAAUCGAAUUUUUUUCACAUUUUCGCAAGGGAAAUAUUGAUUGGAUAAAAAAUUAGCAGGAAUUAGAUACACUCAUGCACUGAUUUUAAUUACUAGAGAGAAAAAAAAUCAGCUUCCACUUUGCUUGUGUGUGAAUGAGAAUCGGGAGUAAAUGAAUACACGGAGUGGACCAUCUAGAUUCACACGGGAAAUGCCGAGAGAGAGAGAGAGAGAAAGAGAAAGAGAAAGAAACCUGGAGAGAUAUUUUAAAAGAAAACAUUUUUCAAAAAGGAAAAAAAGAAAAAUGGUUGGAAACCAUCCUUUGGCUAUAUUAGAGAAUUUUUUUAAAAAAAACUUUCACAAAUUGCAUAUCAAUUCUCAUCCCUCCAGGAAAAUCGUACGGAAUCUUGAAGAUCCUACUUUUUUUUGAAUCAUUCAAAAUAAUUAAUAAAUAAUAACUAACGAUUUAAGAUUAUUUACGAAUAGCCUUUCUAAACGAUAGGUUUCGACCUACGUUUUUUUACACCUACUAACGAAUAAUUAUCGGUAUUAGCAGCUUUUUUUUGUCAGUGAUUUACGCGGAGUACGGAUUACAAUUUACAAUAUUUAGGUACACUCGACAACUUAUUUUCUCUCUAACUCCCAAACAGUUUUUAAAUAUACAUAUAUAUGUAUAUAUGCGUGUAUGUGUGUGUGACGAAAUCAAAUAUGGAAUUUGAGGUCAAGAGAAAUUUUCACCUUCAACCUUUUCUUUGCCUGAUGUUUAUAUCAGGGACGCAUAAAUUCUCAUCACAGUCAAUAAUAAUUGUCAAAAUUUCAAAUAAAUUUCAAAACAAUUUUUAUUUUCACAGGCAAAGAAGAGAAAAGGAGGGAAUUUUAAAGAUUAGGAUUGAAAAUUUCAAUAUUGUACUUAUUGGGAGGUGAUAGAAAAUUCUUUUUUUUGUUUGUCUUUUAUAUUGACUGCCGCCGCUCUUUUCAAACUUUGUGACUCUUGAUGUUUAUUUUAGUUUCCUUGUGUUCUAGAUAAUAUCAAUUUAGCUUUUUUGAAUCUUUGAUGAAUUUUUACCUGAAAAACGCUUGCGUCAUUAUUGUCACUUGGUUUUUGCCCAGCAAUUUUCCUUUGUUGUUAUUAUGAGAGGGGAAAAAAAUUUAUAUCUCGCACACAUUAACAUUUCCAGUUUAUCCGACCUUGAAAUGAAAAUAACUCGACAUUAUAAUAUAUGACCGUGUUUUAUAUGUAAAACUCCGUGUCGAUAAUGUGUUUUUAUUUUUUUUCUAUCGUUUGUUCUUCAAUAACCGUAUAGAUAUUGUGUGGAGGAGACCAUAAUUAUCGGAACGUGUGGUUCUUUAUAGAAAAAAAAAAAAUACAAUACUGUGUCAAAAGCAAAGGAAAGUAGCUGUCGCGUGUUUUAAACAAAGUUUCAUAAUAAUACAAGAGCAAAAAUGUACUUUUACAAUCGCAAUUCACGUGCCUGUGACAUAAGCGUAAGGUGCAAGCACACACAAACGCUUUCGAUACUUUUUCACAUGAAAAAGGAAAAGAAAAAACAAAAUCAGAACACAAAAAAUAUAUUAGAAAAUACUCCGUCAACUACAUUCUUUUAAACUUUUUAUCCAGGGUGAAUCGGAACUUGAAAUCAUGACUUAAAAUGUCAAGUUUCUAUUUUAGAAUUAUUUUCAACGCUCUAUAUUUAUUUACAAAAGUUGAUUAUAUUUUACUUCAAUUAUUAUAAAUACACUUUUUAAAAGUUGAUUAUUUCAACGAAGGAAAAUAUUUUAAAAAGAAUAAAAUUAGUAAUAACAAAUUUUAUUGAAAAGGAUAAGAAGUUUAUUCCAAAAAGAAUAAUAACUCUUUUUAAAAAAUGAUUUUCACCCUUUUUUACACGAGAAACAAAAAAUGUUUCCUGAGAACAAUUUUUUACUUAACAUUUUUAUAAGAAUAGAUAAAAAAAAUUUCGUCAACAAAAUUUUAGCUUUUUAUACAUUACAUAUUACAAUAUUUAGAACAAAUAUUUCUUCUGAACAAAAAGAAUAAAAAUAAUCAAAAAUAUUGUACAGUGAUCAAACUGUUUAUAGACGAAAUAUUUACAUUUUUUAAUAAAAAUCUUUUUUUCUUUCUUUAUUAAUAAAGAAAAACUCUUCUCUGUGAAAAGAGUUUAAAAGAAAGUGGUUUUGAUACGGAAUAUUCGUGCCAGCAUUUUUUUUUUAAACAAAUAUUUCGACAUUUACAAUAUUUUAUUGCAAUAAGUAAAUAGCAUUUUAAUGCACAGAUUGGUGCUUCCUUAAUUAAAUAAAAAAAAAGAAAAAAAAAUAUAUAGAAUUUCGAUUUUUUUACGAAAAAAAAAAACUGUGAGAUAAGAAUAAAAUCGAAUUUUUAUCAUUAACCGGCGAAGGAUAAUGAAAUAAAAAUAUUGUUAAAAAAUGAAUUUGACUCAAUCGCUCAGUGAAACAUUGUUUGCUCAUCUGAAAGCGAGAAUACAAUUAUUAUUGUAAAUUAAAGGAAAACAAUUUUUAGAUUUAUUUUUUUCGUUUGUUAUAUUUGAAUCGAAAUCGCCGAUUAAUUAUUGUAUACAUAAACGCGAUAUAUUUUAUUCUUGUUAAAAAGUGAAAAAUUUUUGUCACUUUUUUUCUUUUUUUUCUACUUCCUCCUAGAGGAUGAAACAAUUUUUUUUUAAUCAAUAGGUUUGAUAAGAAAAAUUUUGAUUUGAAUGAAAAAAUAUGUAUAGAAGAGAAAGAGAGAACAAUAAAAGCCAUUCGCGAAAACUUUUUUAUAAAUACAAAAGCGAUUUCGUAGAUAAUAAUUGAAGUUUAUUAGAUUGGCUUAAAGCGAAAUAUCGAUUUAAUGCAGCGAGUAACUCGAGAGAAGAUAUUAAUUUUUAUUAUUAUCAUCAUUAUUAUUAUUAUUAUAUUGUACAAAAUUUGUCACAAAUGGUUAAAAAAAUAAUGGAGUUCAGAGUGUUGGACACGCGAGUUACGCAUAUGUAGAAAUAAUUAUAACGAUAAUGCCUUGAUUUGUAAAUAAACUUAAAACUUCCACUAAUAAUCCUUCUUCUGCGGAUAAAAAUGAAAACAAAAAUUAAAAGUGAUCAGUGCUUCGAUUUACGAAGUAGCGACAUUUUCGUACGGUUUUUAUAACUCGAUGAUUUUUUUUAUCUUAGAGUGAUUUUGUACAAUAAACAGAGCGCGAUAUCGUGAAUCGAAAAGCGUCACUGGAGUAUGUAACAUCCCUUGCCCUUUUCCCAAAAAAAACAACCCCAAUGUCCAGUUUGCUCUGUGAUUCUGUGUUUAAUAAAAAAAAGUAUAUAUAUAAAUAUAUAUAUGUUUGAUAAUCUGCAA